AUGGAUUUCAAACCGGAAUCGAACCACACCAAUCCGCAAAAGGAGAAGAGCCGAAACGCAGCGUUUCAUUUCAGUCCGCUUGGUUUCGUGGUUGAUAUCGUCUGCAAGCAGCAAAAGCCCAAGCGAAGCAGCAAUAGCAGAAGAGAAAGAAGAAAGAGCCCACCAGCUAACUUGCGCCAUCAAAAAAAUCUCCGAGGUGAUAAGGAGAAGAGACCAAAGUCAGCAAUGAAGCUGAAGAGGAGGCCGAAGAAGAAAAGUGUGAAAAUUGAUACUAAAAGGCCUAAGAAGUCCCCGACUGCUUUCUUCUUCUUCUUCAUGUAUGUGGAAAAUCAUCAGUAUUGCCUUAGUGAGGAUUUUCAAGAGCAGAACCCAGAUGUCAAGUCAAUGCGUGAUAUUGGGAAGGCAUGUGGUGAGAAGUGGAAAACGAUGAGUUAUGAGGAUAAGGUUAAAUAUUAUGACAUCGCAAUGGAGAAAAGAGCCGUGUUUGAUAAAGCCAUGGCAGAAUAUAUUAAGAAAAGGUCAAAAGGGAAAAGGGUGAAAAUGAAGAAACUGAGGAUGACUCUGAGUUUGAUGAGUGAGGUUUUGGGAUUGUAGUAUUAGAUAGUCAUUGCUUCAGUAGGAGUAGGAGGUACACGAGGGUAAAAAUUGUACAUCAAUUUAUGAGCCACUUUGGUCUUCUCUUUAUUGAAGUUGUUUGUAUCAUCCUUGUGUAAUUGUGUAAAUUGCUACCAGGCAAUUGCAUCUAGGUGAUUACAGAGCAGAUUUGACGAUUAAUAUGAAUUAACGUUAAGUGAAUGUGAAAAAUAUAGUUUCUAUUGAGAAUUGUUA